GUCAUUCCUGAUUCAUUUGCAUCCUUGAAGAGCAUCUGUAGAAGAGGAAGGAAAAGAUGGGUGUGAAAACAUUUACUCAUAGCUCUUCUUCCCACAGUCAGGAAAUGCUUGGAAAGCUAAACAUGCUGCGAAAUGAUGGACAUUUCUGUGACAUCACUAUUCGUGUCCAGGACAAAAUCUUCCGGGCACAUAAGGUGGUACUAGCAGCUUGCAGUGAUUUUUUUCGCACUAAACUUGUAGGCCAAGCAGAGGAUGAGGACAAGAAUGUGUUGGAUUUACAUCAUGUUACAGUGACUGGUUUUAUCCCCCUUCUAGAAUAUGCUUACACAGCCACUCUGUCAAUUAACACAGAAAAUAUCAUUGACGUGCUGGCUGCAGCCAGCUAUAUGCAAAUGUUCAGUGUUGCUAGCACCUGCUCAGAGUUCAUGAAAUCAAGCAUUUUAUGGAAUACACCCAACAGCCAACCGGAAAAGGGUCUCGAUGCUGGACAAGAAAAUAACUCUAACUGCAAUUUCACUUCUCGAGAUGGAAGCCUUUCACCCGUGUCGUCAGAGUGCAGCGUGGUAGAAAGAACCAUUCCCGUCUGCAGAGAAUCCCGGAGAAAGCGCAAAAGCUACAUCGUUAUGUCACCCGAAAGUCCUGUCAAGUGUAGCACACAGACAAGCUCCCCCCAGAUACUGAAUUCUUCAGCUUCCUACUCAGAAAAUAGAAGUCAACCAGUUGACUCUUCUCUAGCUUUUCCCUGGACUUUUCCUUUUGGAAUUGAUCGAAGGAUUCAGCCUGACAAGGUUAAGCAGGCAGAAAACACCCGGACUUUAGAACUACCUGGCCCAUCUGAGACUGACAGAAGAAUGGCUGAUUUUGUGACUUGUGAGAGCACAAAAACGACCUUGCCUCUGGGUACCGAAGAAGAUGUCCGGGUGAAAGUAGAAAGGUUAAGUGAUGAGGAGGUGCAUGAGGAAGUACCCCAGCCCGUCAGUGCAUCUCAGAGUUCACUGAGUGACCAGCAGACAGUGCCAGGAAGUGAACAAGUCCAAGAGGACCUUCUGAUUAGUCCACAGUCUUCCUCAAUAGGCUCGGUAGAUGAAGGUGUCACCGAAGGGUUACCUACGCUUCAAAGCACUUCCAGCACCAAUGCUCACGCAGAUGACGAUGAUCGAUUGGAAAAUGUUCAGUAUCCCUACCAACUCUACAUUGCUCCUUCUACCAGCAGUACAGAACGGCCCAGCCCAAAUGGUCCGGACAGACCUUUUCAAUGUCCAACUUGUGGGGUGCGAUUCACCCGAAUUCAGAACCUAAAACAGCACAUGCUCAUCCACUCAGGAAUUAAACCAUUUCAGUGUGACCGCUGUGGAAAAAAGUUCACCAGGGCUUACUCGCUAAAGAUGCAUCGCCUAAAGCAUGAAGGUAAACGCUGUUUCCGGUGCCAGAUAUGUGGUGCCACUUUCACUUCCUUCGGGGAAUAUAAGCACCACAUGAGGGUUUCCCGGCACAUUAUCCGCAAGCCUCGGAUUUACGAGUGCAAAACAUGUGGCGCCAUGUUCACCAACUCUGGAAAUUUAAUCGUGCACCUGAGGAGUCUGAACCAUGAAGCGUCAGAGCUAGCAAACUACUUCCAGAGCAGUGAUUUCCUAGUACCGGACUACUUAAACCACGAGCAAGAAGAGGCCCUUGUUCAGUACGACCUUGGAGAACACAGUUUUGAAAGCAACUCCUCUGUUCAAAUGCCUGUAAUUUCACAGGUCUCCUCGACCCAGAAUUGUGAAAGCACUUUUCCCCUGGGGUCUCUCGCCGGGCUGGCAGAAAAGGAGGAAGAAGUGACAGAGCAGCCCAAGACCAGUGCCUGUGCCGAGGCCACUGGAGGGGACCCCCCCAAAUCAGAGCUGUCUUCUAUAACUAUUGAGUAAUUCCAUGGUUUGGCUUCAUUUUGGUUUUUUGGGAAGUGCCUGUGCUUGGUCUUGUACAUUUAAAUUUAAUUUAAUUUUUUUAAAAAGGUUUUGGGGAAGAAUUUUCCUUUUUACUUUUUGAACCCUGCAAUUCAUGACUGGGAGAUUGCUUCUGUAAGUACACAAUAACAUGGUGUCGAAAUAUAAUACAUUGUUGGGUGUAAGGAGAACCAAUUGACUUAAAACAUGUAGUUGUUUCUCCUUGCAUUGUUGUUAGUAGACUAACAACAGAUCAUUAGGUAACGAA